AUGGAUAGGGAACAUGUCAUAGAAGAUUAUUAUAUGACUGAUGAGCUUGAUAAUGGGACAGAUGAAAAUAGUUGUAAUGGAAGGCCUAUAGUGAUUAGGUUCAAUGGAGAGGAAACACUUAGAAGGGGUUUCACAUUCAAGGUGGGAAUGGAAUUUUCAUCUCUGAAGCAAUUUAAGAAAUCUAUACUAGAACACGAUGUGUUGAAUGGUAGGGAGGUAAAAUUUGUCAAAAAUGAUAGGAAUAUGUAUAGUUUUUUUUGUAAGGACAAAAAGCAUUGUAACUACACUGUGCUAUGCGGCAUAGUUUUAAGAACUACAACAUUUAAGAUUAAAACUUUGUUUCAGAAACACAAAUAUGAAAGAAAUUUUUUCAACAAGAAUGCCAAUGCUGAUUGGAUUACUAGAAUGAUUGAAGAAAAGUUGAAGAACAAUACAAAUAGCUAG